CGUAGCCGCUGCGCUUAUAAAUGACAAGGUGACAAGUGGUCUCCUUCUACGUGCUUAGACCAUAAGUGAGUGCGAAAGCCGACGUCCCGGACCCUCCCGAAGCCUAAAUCACCGGUUCCAGCCAUGUAUGCCUGCGCUAAGUUUGUCACUUCUCCUGCUCUGCUGCGCGGGGGGUCCAGAGUCCUUGCCCGGCCCGUCUCCGUCUUUAGCAGACCUGAAGCCACUGUGGAGCAGCAGACCCUCUUGCCAGCACGUCCGUCGUCAGUCGUGAGUCGCUCCUUCCAGACCAGCUCGCUGUGUCGGGACAUCGACACCGCAGCCAAGUUCAUCGGUGCCGGUGCUGCCACUGUGGGGGUGGCUGGUUCCGGAGCUGGAAUUGGAACUGUGUUUGGUAGCCUCAUCAUUGGCUAUGCCAGGAACCCCUCCCUGAAGCAGCAGCUCUUCUCCUAUGCCAUCCUGGGCUUUGCGCUGUCUGAGGCUAUGGGCCUCUUCUGUCUGAUGGUGGCGUUCCUCAUCCUGUUUGCCAUGUAAAUGUGGACGUGCACACCCUUCUUCUGUCUCCUGUCCUUCCAAACCACCUUCCCUCCAGUCUGGGAGAGGAGGUGUUCCACAACAGGAACUCCGAAAGUCAAUGGUAAAUCUGGCAUUGGCAGACAUCAGUAUACAUUUUUACGUUCAAUACACUUUGUCUGCAAGUUAAAAAAAACAUGUUUAAAUAAAUGGUUGGAACUAAAUAA